ACGUUGCAAAGAAAAACAGAUUGCCAUGGAGUGUUGCUAAAGGAUUUGACACAUUUACGCCAAUUGGAGAUUUUAUACCGAAAAAAGAGAUAAAAGAUCCUUCAAAUAUCAAUGAUGAGGUAAAGCAAAAUGGAAACACAAAAGAUAUGAUAUUUCCCAUACCAAAAUUGAUACAAUUCAUUAGAACUCCAUCAGGCGUUGGACCUAUAAAAUCAGGACAAAUU